AUGGCCGAGUUCCCGACUAAAGCGAGCACACGGACCAGCAGCCCCACGAGGGAGCCGGCGCUUCGGUCUCAGCGCUGCUCCCCGAUAUCGGCGCUGCGCCCCUAUCUCCGCGCUCCUCCCCGAUCUCGGCGCUGCGCCCCGAUCUGGGGCUUCGUGUGCUCCAGCCUGGGUGCGCUCAUGCUGCUGCAGUUGGUGCUAGGGCUGCUGGUGUGGGCCCUGAUUGCCGACAUCCCAUACCACCUGUACCCAGCCUACAGCUGGGUGAUGUUCGUCGCUGUCUUCCUUUGGCUAGUGACAAUCGUUUUCUUCAUCCUCUACCUGUUUCAGCUGCACAUGAAACUGUACAUGGUGCCCUGGCCGCUGGUGUUAAUGAGCUUUAACGUGGGCUCCACCAUUCUUUACAUCACGGCCUUCAUCACCUGCUCUGCUGCGUUUGAACUGACAUCCCUGAAGGGCACCGGGCCGUAUAACCAGUGGGUAGCUGCCUCUUUCUUUCUGUGUUUAGUGAUGAUUGCCUAUGGAGUGAGCUCUUUCUUCAGCUUCCAGGCCUGGUGA